UGAACAUUGUACUCUAAUGGAACACACCUUAAAUUGUGUAUGCAAUAUCAAGAGAAUCCCAAAUUAAAUUCAAAGCUCUACAAAUAGAUUUUUAACGUUGUAGCAAACAAAUAUUAUGUCGACGUCUUGUCAAAAGACUUGCAAUUGCCAGAAAUGUAAGGAACAGAGAUUGUCAGUUUUGGCAACUGAAAUAUAUGGCAUUGUUAGACCCCAAUACAGUGCCGAAGACUAUGAAAAACAGAAGAAUUUCGUAGAAAACAUAGUAGAUACUAUCACCAAAAAGGUUGGCGAUUUAUACCCAUUGUGGAGAUCUAGUGAAAAGCUGCCGAACGGAAGUUUUUUCCAAGGGACAAAAAUAUUAAAUCUUGAUGAAUUUGAUUUUUUAAAUCCUUUGGAUAUUUCAUCAAAUAAAAAGUUUGCGGAUGAGUGUAUUACCAUCGUUGAAGUAGAGGAUCGCCCUGGAGAGAGAAACAUCAUAGCGAGUCCAUAUUUUCUCGACCUUCUCUCGAAAGUCGGUGACAAGAGCGAAGAUAUUGAAGCGGUUGAUGAAGCUGGAAAUAACCCUGGAGUGAAACUCAGCAAAAACUUUUUUCUCAACAGCAUUAACAAUGCAGUGGUGCGAUCACUGAAAGAACUAGAUAAAGAGAGCGUAAUCGCCUACAAAGGUCAGAAUAACUUUGUCAACGAUUCGGGGGUAUUUCUUAGAAAUAAGGAAAAUGUAGACCCUGAUUCUUUGAACUUCAAAGAGGUCGUACUUAGAGACGUCAAAGGGCCGGUCGUCACAUUGUCCGUAGGGGGUCCGCUAUGUGUGUCACAUGUCGAUAUUGGAUAUUGUUCGUUUAUACCUUGGCAAGUGCCUGCUUGAGUCGACUCAACACAUAUUCAGAUUGUUGCUGAAACCAAAUCCCCCUGGAAUAAACAUAAGCCCUGUAUGGUUGGAAAACCUCGAAAACUUUAGCUAUCCUCCUGUUCGUAUUAUUGGAAAAUUCGAGCCAGAUUCUGGGGAUGCUUUGUUUACCGUCACGCUCUAUAUUCUCAUGCACUUCUUGAGCAACUGCCAAGAGGCUGUUGAGCUUGUAAAGACCAGAUCCGUUUUCUCCCUUUGCAUUCAACUCAUAUGCAAACACGUCGUGAGUGGGUUAGAUAUGUUGGACUUUCGCCUUCCUUUACAAAAAUGGCUGUAUAAACAACGUCUUCCGACAAAAACCUGGCACAAAAUAAUCGAGUGUCUUAAACAUCCUAGAUACAGAGGUGAUGAGGUGAACCAUUUUCUGUCAUUGCCGCCACAUCCAUAUCCGAAAUAUAGACCUGAUCCUAACAACCCCGUGUCUAUAACCCAAGCCGGCACCCUGGACAUCAUUUCUGACGAAACGAGGCGAAACAAAUGGAAAACUGUGAUCGAGAAAAACAUGUCGAUGAAAGAAGAAGAAAAGAACGAUCCUAAUAUUGAUGAGGAAGAUCGCAAAGCUCAACAGAACGAUCGGGAGCUACAUACCAUGUUUGUGGAUUGGACCGAGAGCAUGAAUCGUAACACUGCCUCUGGAGGAAAAUCUGCUUGUAGUCCAUCUUGAGAUCUCAUGGCAUGAUAGGCAAGAUCCACACUUUCUUGAAUAGAACAACAGAUUUGAACAAGUGAUCUACAUACGUUGUAGUAUUAAAACUAUAGCAACACCGCGAAGUGAAAACACUACCUCGAAUUUGGAAUAGAAUGUGAAAAAUAUGUUUAGGAUUACAUACACUGAAAAGCAGAACCAGUUGUAAUGUAACAAAGCCCAUCAUUUCAACCAAAAAAACUCAAAGUGUCAAAUGACCCAAAAUUUUUUAAUUCAAAAAAUGUAUAUCCAAUUAUUAUUAA